AUGCACAUUCGACUGGGAAUCACACAGGGAUUCCGGUCGUUCAGGCACCCGCCUCGAGAGCUUGGUAGCGUUUUCUUUCUGAUGAAACGCAGGUACUGCGACAGCACAUCGAAACAUAGCUUAUCCUCCCCACCUGCUAAGAAACAUCGGCCAUAUACCGCAACAAUGGUUUCCCGCACCAUCACCCUCACCGAGCAGGAAGAACAGCUCAAGCGCCUCCUUGUAGACGUCGCGCGCUACAUUGACUCUUCUUCCAGCGAGAACAGCCCGACUAUCCUCCGCUGGGCUGGUGGCUGGGUUCGCGAUAAACUACUUGGAAUUAAGAGCCACGACAUCGACACGGCUAUCAACAACUUGACCGGUGAGGCCUUCGUUGGAAAGCUUCGUGACUAUGUCGAGAUCCCAGGCAACAAGCAGCUACACAACCUGAUGGACUCCGACAUUGGCCGCCUUCACACUGUGGCCCGCAACCCAGACAAGUCGAAGCACUUGGAGACCAGCACCAUCAAGCUCUGCGGGUUGGACGUGGACUUUGUGAACUUGCGGAAGGAAACAUACUGCGAGAACAGCAGGAACCCCGAGGUGGAGUUUGGGAAGGCCGAGGAGGAUGCUGCUCGCCGAGAUGCGACCGUCAAUGCUCUCUUUUACAACUUACAGACGGGCGAAGUGGAGGAUCUUGUCGGGGGUCUGCCAGAUCUGGGGGCGGGGAUUAUUCGGACACCAAUGGAGCCACUGCAGACCUUCAUGGACGAUCCCCUUCGUGUAUUGAGACUGGUGAGGUUUGCUAGUCGACUGGGGUUCAAAAUCGACAAGGCGGCAGAGGAGGUUAUGGCGGAUGAGAAUGUGCUGAGAAACUUGAAGAUCAAGAUCAGCAGGGAGAGGAUUGGUGUGGAGUUGGAAAAGAUGCUCAAGGGCAAACACCCGGUCGAGUCCCUGAGGCUGAUCAACAGGUUGGGGCUUUACCAUGCUGUGUUCACUGUACCGGAACGAACCGACAUGCCAAAGCCAGAUAUCUCCAAGUGGGACCGCGCAUAUGAAUGCUUGGUCUUCCUUGAGAGCAACAACACUCCUGGUUCCAUCUGGGAGUUGCUCGUCACCACAGAGGAAGCGAGAUAUUUCGCCUGGUCAUUGGCCACCAUCACGCCUUGGGAGCAACUUCCUGAUGAUCCCCCUCUCAAGUCAGGAAAGUUAGCCAUGCCCCUUGCUACUCAAGCCGCGAGGGAAGGAUUCAAGGCACCCAACAAGCUAUCUGACGUGAUCACUGCCGCCCAUCGGCACCGUCCUGCUAUUCUGGAGCUCAAGGCACUUGUUGAUGAGAACAAGGAUGAAAUGAAGGAUAGGGCAAAGUUUGGUAUGGCGAUCAGAGAGUGGGACUCAAGAGCCAAGGGUAGCUGGCGUCUACAAGUUCUUUACUCGAUCUUGGUUGAUGUUCUAGAAGGAUCAACGAGCCGGGAAGAGAUUCUGAUGGGAUGGCUGCGUUUCUUGGACCACCUGGUAGAACUUGAUCUGAUGCAUGUCACGAAACUCGACAGGAUCAUUGAUGGAACUGACCUCUCGAAGGCACUUGGAGUUAAGCCAGGGAGGUGGAUGGGUGCGGCGCUCGAAGUUGUGAUGGAGUGGCAGUUAAGGAACCCAGGGGUCGAGGAUCCAGCAGGAGCAGUUGAGGAGGUGAAGAAGCGGCGGGUUGAGUUGGGGAUUAAAUAG